AUGAGCGCGCGGAUUGGGGCGGGCGCUGCGGUGACACGGCGACGACGGCUGCGUGACGCCGAGCCCAGCGAGGUGGAGUGGCGGCUGAUGGUGGCGCAGCUGCACGAGCUCAAGGGGGACCUCGCCAAGGCAGAGCGUCAGUUCAGGGAGCCCCUGGCAGAGGAGCCCCUCCUCGUCUGGGCUCUCCAUGGACUUGCACUAUGUAUGCAGAAGAAACUUGAAGGCCCUACUGUUUUUGAAAUGCUUGAGAAUGCUUUGCAGCUUGCAACUUCAGAGAAAAGGGUCCUGGAAGAGCGCAACAUAAAGCUUUUGAUCGCACAAAUGCAUGUUGUCAUGGGUCAGUUGGAUGUUGCAUCUGAGAAACUACAAAAUCUUAUAAAUGAGGAUCCUCGAGAUUUUCGGUCUCACCUUUGCCAGGGCAUUGUGUAUGCACUUUUAGACAGAAAAGAAGACACAGAUAAGCAGUUUGAUAUUUACAGAAGCCUUGUGCCGGAUAAAUUCCCAUAUAAGAGUUUUAUCAGUGAUGUUAUACUAGCAGCUAGAAUGGAGUCACAUGAUCGGCUACAAAAGGAAUUUGAAUCUGAGUUCCAAACGAAGAAAUGA